ACUCGGAACGUGACACGAACCAUCAAUCCAGGAAAACGUAGUCGAAAAUAUCGCUACCACACUAUUUGUUGAAACUCAGAUAUUCCGCCCUUGAGCCCAUAACACUUGACCAGAAGAUUAUUCGAACCCAAUUCAUCCGAACUCCCACGCCCCCAAACCUGGAUUUCUAUUACCUCACUACAUUACACACACUCUUUACCGGAGAUUAUUUCGGUCCACAAUCGGAGUGAUUCCAACUACAGAAUACAGAAGCCACGAACCCAGACGAACUCCAUCUGUGCAAAAUAUAUCCCCAAAACCGAACAUCUAUAAGAUAUCCUCAACUUUCCAAAGACGUUUCCUUGUUUUCAAGCAAACCACCCCAAACACACUCCAACAAUGGCACCCCCUCCCGACUCAACCACAGCCACACCAACCAUCUACUUCGGCUACGGCUCAAACCUCUGGCACCACCAAAUGCACACCCGCUGCCCAACCUCUCGCUACAUCGGCAUCGCCCGUCUACGUCCCUACACCUGGCUCAUCAACGACCGGGGCUACGCAAACGUAGUGUCAUCCCCCUCUACCACCUCCUCAUCUUCAGCAGAAGAAUACAAAACUACAGUCUACGGCCUCGUCUACACACUCCUCCCCGCAGACGAAGCCCAACUCGACAUAAAUGAAGGCGUACCAACAGCCUACACAAAAGAAUAUCUAGAAUGUGAUUUUUGGGCCUUGGAUCCUGAGAACCCGCUUUGUCCGAAUGUACCCUCACCCGGGGGGAAGAUAGAUACAGAGAAACCGCCGACGCAAACUAUCAAAAUGCUUGUUUAUAUCGAUCGUAAACGCACAAGCCCGUCUACGCCGAGGAAAGAGUACGUGUAUCGGAUGAAUCGUGGAAUUGAGGAUGCGGUCAAGUGUGGGAUGCCGGAAGCGUAUGUGGAGAAUGUUAUGAGGGGGUAUAUACCCGCUGAUGAUGAGGACGAGGAUAGCAAGGAGGGGGGGAAGAUGGCGGAGUUUGCCAAGGAUCAGGCUGCGAAGUUUAGGGAUGAGAGUGGAGUUUUGGAGUGA